AUGCCUCUCGACACGUCAUCCUACUCGCUCGCCCUGCUGCGUCUCGACGGCCGCCGUUGGAACGAGCUGCGUCGCAUCCACGCCCAGAUCAGCACCCAGGCCGCCGCCGACGGCUCGUCGUACCUGGAGAUCGGCAACACCAAAGUCGUAUGCACUGUGACCGGUCCGUCCGAGGGCCGUCGCCAAGGAGGCGUUUCUGCUGCCCAGCGCGAGGGCGAGGCCAAGAUCGAGGUCGAGAUUGGCUUUGCCGGCUUCAGUGGGAUUGAGAGGAAGAGGCGGGGUCGCGGCGACAAGCGCACCUCUGAAAUGCAACACACCCUCGUCCAAGCCUUCGCGUCGACCCUGCACACCCAGCGCUAUCCCCAUAGCACAAUCUCCAUAUCGCUGCAUAUCCUGUCCCAGGACGGCUCACUGCUGGCCGCCUGCCUCAAUGCCGCCACCCUCGCUCUCGUCGACGCUGGAAUCCCCAUGAGCGACUACCUCGUUGCCUGCACCGCUGGUUCCACCGCUUCCUAUGCUGCGAACGAUGAACAAGCCGACCCGUUGCUCGAUCUCAACAACCUGGAAGAACAAGAACUUCCAUUCUUGACCAUCGGCUGCCUGGGCCAGAGGGAAGAAGUGAGCGUGCUAGUGAUGGAAACCAAGGUGCAGAUGAGCAGGCUGGAGGCUAUGCUGGCCGUGGGCGUCGACGGCUGCAAACGCGUGCGGGACAUCAUGGAUGGGGUUGUAAGGGCACACGGGAAAAGAAUGCUGGAGGCUACUUCGAGCUGA